AUGACAUCGCGUCAGCUGUGCUCCUUCUUCUACUCCGAUCUCGGUGAAGGACUCUUCCAGUGCAAAAAGUGUGGAUGUAAGCGUAAACAAGCCAGCGGCAGUGGCUACAGCAAUCUCCUAGGUCACAUGGGUGCCAAGCAUGCUGGCUACGCGAGCGAGUACGCUGAACUCCAAGCCGCUACCACCACCCCAACCAUCGACAUGUUCGGACUGAGAGACUGGAAGUGA